GUAGCCAUCACAGCACAAGUGAGUGAGUGCACUAGGAUGGUUGGUAGCGGGUAUUGUUUCGCGAAUCGGUUCAGAUUUUAAUUGCGCUUAGACUCCCGAGCGGUUCGGUCGUGCUUUUUAAUUACUCCGGACAAAACGGCGGUUACUUACUUGAUUGAGGUGAAGGUAUUGUUCGAUGACGGUUUUCGUUGCAAUCAGCGGGGUGAAAAGUUAAGUUUUUAAGUGGAUUCCUCUCGAUUUCCAACUGAAUCGUUUUCGCCCGUGAAGAUGAUUACAGUGCCUUUUAGGUGUAACAAAAAGAGAAGAGCUACUUACACAGUGCGUAACAAGUGAUAUCCUAGUGCAUUGGGCAUUUAAAAAGAAAAUCUAUUCUGAAGCGAGUGAAAGUUUAUAGGAAAAAAGCUCAACUCAAGAGAAGACAAGUGACCCAUCGAUUGUUCGAAGAAAGUUCUCUUGAUUGCUAUUGGCCAAAGUCGAUUGAUUGUUCAACUGGUUGUCCAGAAGUUGUGCGAUAAGAGAAAUCGUUUCACGGUUACGUCAGUGAAUUUCAAACACAGUUCCAGCGUAAAUCACGUCGCCAGCCUCCACUUUGACCGUUAGAUUCGGUGCAGAUGCCCAAAAAACCUUAAAGACUUCCAUCAAAAGCCCCGGCUUAGUCAUCGCGCAACCGGCACCUAAUAUGUCCACCCCCUCAUGCUGGAAGAUUCUGACGCGAAAGAAAAUUCUCUCGAUCGAAGCCGACGGCGCUGCUGACAAUGGCAAACUGGGACGGAUAUUGAACACCUAUGAUUUGACGGCGCUGGGCGUUGGGGCAACCCUUGGCGUCGGCGUUUACGUGCUGGCCGGGCAUGUCUCCAAAGAUCAAGCCGGACCGUCGGUUGUGCUGUCGUUCCUGAUUGCUGCCGCUGCCUCCUUUCUAGCUGGCCUCUGCUACGCGGAAUUCGGAGCCCGAGUACCAAAGUCCGGUUCGGCCUAUAUCUACAGCUAUGUAUGUAUCGGCGAAUUCAUGGCAUUCGUCAUCGGUUGGAACCUGAUGCUGGAGUACAUCAUCGGAUCGGCAAGCGUCUCCCGAGGGUUGAGCCUGUACAUCGACACGCUCGCAAAUGACACGAUGAAGAUCCGGUUCCGGGAGAUAGCUCCCAUGGAGUGGGACUUUAUGUCCAGCUAUUUCGAUUUCUUCGGAUUUUCAGUGGCGAUCUUGUUGGGAGUCGCACUGGCAUUCGGUCUGAAGAAAUCAACCAUGGUGAACAACUUCUUCACGGUACUGAACAUUGGAAUAGUGUUGUUCGUGAUCAUCGCUGGAGCACUUAACGCGGACAUUUCCAACUGGAACGUUAAUCCGGCAAACGUGUCAACGAUCUACAACGUUGGCGAAGGGGGAUUCUUCCCGUUCGGGUUUGAGGGGACUUUGAGGGGAGCAGCGACCUGCUUCUUCGGAUUCGUUGGAUUUGACUGUAUUGCCACGACCGGAGAGGAGGUCAAGAAUCCCCGCAAGGCGAUCCCGAGAGCGAUCCUUCUAUCGCUGUGUACGAUAUUCUUGGCGUAUUUUGGAGUAUCCACGGUUUUGACGCUGAUGUGGCCUUACUACAAGCAGGACGUCAACGCACCGCUGCCGUUCGUGUUCAACGAAAUCGGGUGGACCUACGCCAAGUGGACGGUGGCCAUCGGAGGAAUCAUCGGAUUGGUUGCCAGCUUGUUUGGGGCCAUGUUUCCACAGCCCCGGAUCAUCUACGCAAUGGCCCAGGACGGACUGGUGUUCAAAGCGCUGGGGAAGGUCAGCUCUCGGUUCAAGACUCCCGUGUUCGGGACGCUUUGCGCGGCGCUGCUGACCGGCACUAUGGCCGGUUUGUUCGACUUGAAAGCUCUAGUCAAUAUGCUAUCGAUUGGUACGCUGAUGGCGUACACUGUGGUAGCGAUCUCAAUACUCAUUCUAAGAUUUUCUGAAGCACCACAAACAGCCUCCAUCCCAUCUACCAGUAAGCAAGUGUUCGAAUCGUCGAACCUCCUCAGGUCAGGUGGCCGCCUGACGGGUUCUGCUUUUAUGCGACAACUUUUCAACAUAUCCUGCGUCAGGAUACCUUCCCAUGCCUCCACUAGUGUCGUUGGAGUGCUCGUCACCCUUUACUGCCUUGUAUCCUUGGCCCUCUCCCUGACGAUCUUCUACGCCAAGCAACCUCUCUACGACAUGGAACCGUGGGCCUUGACCCUGGCCGGUACUCUUCUCGGCCUGCUGCUGCUCAUCUUGCUUCUGAUGUCGAUUCAGCCGCGGGAAACGGCUGAAGCACCGUUCAAGGUCCCCUUUGUACCGCUGUUACCUGCGAUCAGUAUUUUUGUCAAUAUCUACCUGAUGUUGAUGUUGGACGUCUACACGUGGAUUCGCUUCGGAAUCUGGAUGGGAAUUGGUUUGGCCCUGUACGCGUUCUACGGAUUCCGCAACAGCUACCGCGAUGUCUACUCCUGUCGCCCCGGAUGGACCAAACUCAAGUAUGGGCACUGACGUCAUCUGAGUCAUCCCUCGUACCGUAAAAGAAUAGUGAGCAAAAGUGAUAUUUUCCUUUCCUGCCGGAAGCCAAGGAACAAGCUGGAAAAUUGUGUUAUUAUCGAGCUAGAGAAAUGAUUAUUUAUGUAUCCAAAUAUGCAACAGUAGUAGAGGAAAAAGCCCAAUAAAACUUGAACUAGGUUAAGCGAACUGUAGGAAAUUAGAUAAGAGAGCCACGAAAAUAAAACUUGCCAUAUGUACAGAAAAAUAUAUAUAGAAAAAGAGAGAGAGGUUACGUAUCAAAUGGACAGCACGGCUAAUUAGUGGCUGUUUAGCUAAUCUGAAUCGAUCUUCGCCAACGGUGAACCCCAACAGCUGUCCAAAUCAGUGGAGAGUAGAUAAAAGAAACCAAAACAUUCACCAUACACGCUUUAGGAGAUAACCAUAACCAUAUAUAGGACACAUUCCAAAAAGGUUGAACACAGAAAAUUGUAACAUUUAACACACACGCAGAGCAGAGAGGGGGUUGUAAGAUGAUCAAACGAAAGAAAAAUCCAUAAAUGAAAACGAAAAAUCA